CGUAGCUCGGCAAAGAUGGCGGUGGGCUCCGAUUCGCUGGAGAAUGUUUUGUUGUACGCAAAGGGUGGCGAAAAAGUAGUUAGAAAUGUAGUCGGGUUUCUUGAGUGUGAGCUAUCAUGAGUGGAUCACGUCAGCACAGUAGAGAGAGUUCAGCGUGCAGCGAAUCACGUCGGAAACUCAGCCGUCGGCAACAAUUCUAAUGUUCAGUGCAGCAAAAAUGGGACUUUAACAACAAGAGCUCGCUAAGGCAGGUAAGAUAGCUGCCCGCUCCGGUUAGCUAACAUUAGCUUAUUUUGGUCACGUUGUUCAACUGGUUGUAGCUAACUUGACUCCACUUGUGUCGGCUCCCGAAACUAAUGCGAAGCGGAGAGUUGUUGGACACUCCGUUGAUUUCACGUGUCUCCGCUGCUGUAGGAACUGGAGUGCACGGAGGCGUCGUCAACUGUGCGGGGUCCUGCAGUUCAGGCAUGGAUGGAGCAGCCGGGACAACAUCACCGGCGAGACUGAGCAUGACAGCCCCGCCAAGUGAGUCCAAGUCGGCGACGGCUAGCGGGGUCUUUUCCGUAGGACCAGAUGGAACAUCUUGUGUUGGAAAACCAGCAAGGACUGGUGUUCAGACUUUAAAUGGAAGUGUCGUGGUCACGAACUGUCACAUUCCAGCUGACGGUAGCAGUGACAGCAACUCUCAGUCAGCUGUCACGCUUGUAAACAACGGACCUGUUUCUGCGAUCAAAGGCACCGCAGCAUCUCACUGCUCUAUUAUUCAGACUCCAGUCUCGAGUGGACAUAAUACGGUCACCUCGCCUGUGAUUUCGUCUCAGUCCUCAGUGAAUAGUGUUCCCACGGUCACGCUCGUCAGGCCACCUAUGCAAACUCCCAGCAACACCUCACACCUUACCACAGUCUUAACAACGGCACCUGUCACGGUUGGAUCUGUUGCUAACUCCACAAAGACUAUAGUGCAGACUGGUGCACAAGUCGUCGCUUCAACUGUUUUGACCGGGACAACCGCGACUAUGAGGAGCCCCACUGUAUUGCAGAACCUGAGGACUUCAGUACCGUCAGCAAUCGCUGCCGCUCCUCCUGGUGGAGUUCGAGCCAUUGCCCCACAGGUGCUGGCCCCUCGACUUACUCAGCAUCAUCAAAAUGCCCCAAACGCUCCAAAUAUCCAAAACAUCCAGCUGCCGCCAGGCAUGGUCUUGGUUCGUAGUGAGAGUGGGCAGCUGCUGAUGAUACACCAGCAGACCUUGGCUCAGAUGCAGGCUCAGUCGCAGUCCCAAAACGCCAUGACGCCACGACCCGUCGCCCCCACAAGCACUCCACCUGUGCACAUCACUUCUCUACAGGCUCCAACUGCAUCACUGCUCACUCGUUCAGUUGCCCCCACCACUAUUAUUAAACAAGCGACCACAGCCCAAACCUCUGUGACAGCCACCACACAACUGCAGAGGCCUCCUGUGUUGCAGAACACCAUCAUGAUGGGAGGAGCUGCUACCACCCCAGAACAGCCACUGGGGACGUCCACCACUGUACAGGCUGGAUCUGCAGCCACUACAGUAACAGCAAGGGGCGGGCCCCUGAGGACCGCUGCCCCUCCAAUAGCAGUCUCAGCUGAGACACUGGAGAAUGUGAAAAAAUGCAGAAACUUUCUAUCCACGCUGAUUAAGCUGGCGUCCAAUGGAAAACAGACCUCCGAGACGACGGCCAGUGUCAAGGAGCUGGUCAAAAAUUUGCUGGAAGGAAAGAUAGAGCCUGAAGAUUUCACCGGUAGGUUAUACCAGGAGCUCCAUUCCUCACCACAGCCAUACCUUGUGCCUUUCCUGAAGAGAAGUCUCCCAGCGCUGCGUCAGAUGACUCCAGACUCUGAGGCCUUCAUCCAGCAGAGCCUCCUGCCUCAGCCCAGCACUCGGCCUGCUGCGGCGGCUUCUACGGCCCUCACCGCUGUGGUGCUGCGACCUCCGCUGUCCACUGCAGCCACUGCAGCCACCAGCACCGCUGCAACCAAAACCACAGUCAUCAGCCUCACUCAGACGCCGCACAGCAAAUCAGCACUGAUCGUGCCACAACAACAGGGGGCGAUGGCGAGGACACAGAUGACAGUAACUCAGUCUCCCAUGGUGACACUGAGAGGACAACCUCAAAGUCGCAUCGUUGUGGGUCAGCAGCCACAGGUCGUCAAACAGCUACAGACAGUUCCAGCUGUGAAACAGAUGUUGGCUCCAGCGGCAAAAGGAGGACAAGUCAUCAGUCAGACCCUUCUCACUGCUGCUCAGAGGAACAAGCUGAAGGAAGCAGGAGGAACCUUCAGGGAUGAUGACGAUAUCAAUGAUGUGGCCUCCAUGGCAGGAGUCAACUUGUCGGAGGAGAGUGCCCGUAUCCUAGCAACCAGCUCUGAACUUGUUGGCACGGUGACUCGUUCCUGUAAGGACGAGGCCUUCCUCUCCACCACCUUACUCACCCGGAGAGCUCUUGAGAUCGGUAAGAAGUUUGGCGUCGGCGAGUUGAGCUCGGACGUGAUCAACUACAUUUCCCACGCGACACAGCAGCGGCUCCAAAACCUGCUGGAGAAGGUGUCACUGGCGGCCCAGCAGAAGAACAUAAAUUUGAAGGAGGACGAGCGGGCCGAGCAGGUCAGCGACGUGCGAAGUCAGCUCAAGUUCUUUGAGCAACUGGAUCAGAUGGAGAAGCAAAGGAAGGAGGAGCAGGAGCGAGAGAUCCUCAUGAAAGCCGCCAAGUCUCGGUCACGGCAAGAGGAUCCCGAGCAGCUCCGACUCAAACAGAAGGCCAAAGAGAUGCAGCAGCAGGAACUGGCUCAGAUCAGGCAGAGAGAGGCCAACCUCACGGCUCUGGCGGCAAUCGGCCCGAGGAAAAAGCGGAAAGCGCACUCUCCUGUUCGAGGUGCCAGUGCAGAGGGCUCAGGAUCAGGGCCGUGCCCGCCUGCAGGCUCCAGUGGAGCCGGCUCCAGACAGUUUAUGCGACAGCGCAUUACCAGAGUCAACCUCAGGGACCUGCUCCUCUGCCUGGAGAAUGAGAGAGGGACCAGUCACUCACACCUGCUGUAUAAAGGCUUCCUCAAAUAGCACCCGCAGUAAAGUGACUAGUCUCACUCAGUGGCAUUAAGGAAGCGGAGCCGACUGUCGGCUCACUCCCACUCUGCCAGUUCUCUCUUUGAUCACUCACCGCAAGGACGUGGAUACGUCUGUCUUUGGGAAGAGAAUUUACCCGCAACAACGAAGAGACGUCGGCUUUUAAAAAGCCUCUUCAGGCGUAUCCCGCCCCCCUCCCCCUCCUCCCAGCACAGAGACGGAGCAAAUAUUAAGAGUUCAGCCUUUGUCUCGGCUCUGUUUGCUCUACAGAGACCAGUUUUUCCUCACCCGCACUUCCCCCGCGCAGAUGCCUCAUGCUGCACAUGAAGACAAAAGUCUCCGACUGAACCAGGCCCUUUACAUUUGAGAAACCUUGUUAGUGUCGUUGCACUAACGUCGAGGUUGUAGCAGCAAAUGUCCGUGGGGAGACUCCCCUUGUGUGUAAGGAUCAGGUGCAGCCUGCUUUUUUACAGAACUGCAGUAAUUCUUGUACUCGUGAUACGUAAGACAAGAACACAGAUUUGUUUUUAUUUUAUUUAUGACACAUUUUUACUAUACUAUAUUUUACAUCACAGUUUCACAUCCCAUGGAUUGUUUUACACAGACUAAUCUGAACUCGUCUCUUGCAGUUGCCUUCUUUAGAUUAAGCCAUAUGGAUUAGAAUGGAUUUUAUGUAACAUUUUAUCUAUUCAGCAGUGCUUUCAGAUUUGAGGGGGGUGUGUACAUUAUUGUUCUGUUGUUUUUUUUGUCCUUGCUCGAUUAGACACAAUCAUUGAUAGAUUUAUAUCCUGCAUUGUGCAAGGUUUAAUCACAGGUGUUGACAUUUGACUGUAGAUUAUGUACUGCAGAGAUUUUAUGUAAUUUACAUUCCUGUCCCAUCUUUUCUGAAUCUUUCUUUUUUUUCUUUCUACAUCUACCAAGUAAAAUUCAGUUGGCUGUCUGUCAAUAUCCUGGUGCCAAGGUAACUGACUUCACUAGUUAUUUGUAUGUAUGACAUUCACAUUAUGAAAUGCGUUAAUGUUACCAAGAAACAAAAGUCAUUUUCCUGCCUUUUUUUUUUUUAAUUUUUAUAAAUGUCACAUUACGCAGCCUUAGUUUAAAAUGCGAGACGUGCAAUGUCAAAGUGACAUUUGGCUAAAAACGUGUUUUUAUUGUCAUACAUUUGUAUUUGUAUGUCUAAAAAAAAAAAUAUAUAUGUACCACUGUUGUGUCAUUUGGAAACAAAGUGGCUGUUUGAAAUGUAAAGUUACAGCACUGUUUGGCUCAUGUGCUAUAACGUGAAUUUUUAGAAAUUUUUAUUGAUUAACACAAGUUUUUUUAUAGGAAUUAAUAUUUAGUAAUAAAUGUGUGAAGUUUAGUUGCAUGGAAUGCAAAGUAAGGUAAAUUUUAUAAAAGGAAACAAAAGUCAAUCAAAUGAUCAUACACGAUAUCUUUUUAUAUUUUUAAUGCACAUAAUUAUAAUUUUGAUCUUUAUACCCUUUUGUCUUUUCAUAAAGAAUGUUCACGGACAGAUUUUAUUACUAUUUAUACUUAAGUUUGCUGUUUGACAACAACUUCAAAAUGUAAAAGACACAUCUGUCUGCAUUUCUCGUGUACAUACAUGUGUCAUGUGAGAUGAAUAUAUGAUGCUUUUGUUGCCGAUGUGAUGUACAUUUUUGCACAGCCACUUGUUUAUAUGUAAAUAUCUGAAUUGAGAAGUUUUUAAAUUGCUAUUUUAUAAUGGAUUGAGGGAGAGACCGAGCUCUCUCCAGGAAAUUAAAUAUCUCUAUCAUAUCUCA